GUCGCUGUCGUGUAAAACAUGGCGGUGGAGCGGGUUGCUGUAUGUGGAAGGGUUAUGUCUGUGUCGGCUCUGACGGGGAAAACCAUCAAAAAGAGCCACGUGAAUGCAAAAAUGUUCCGUUGCAACGUUCUAUUUUUUCUGUUCGCGAUCCUCGGGACGUUAAAUGCAGCGGCGGCCAGUGGAAAAACGUUAGUUCUUUUGGACAACCUCAACAUCAGAGACACCCAUUCAAUAUUCUUCCGCAGUUUAACCGAUCGGGGCUUUGACUUGACCUUUAAGACUGCUGAUGACCCUGGACUUUCCCUUAUCAAAUACGGCCAGUUCCUUUAUGAUCACCUUAUUAUUUUCUCCCCUUCUGUGGAAGACUUUGGAGGAAACAUCAAUGUGGAGACUAUCACUGCUUUCAUUGAUGGAGGAGGGAAUGUCCUUAUUGCUGCCAGCUCAGAUGUCGGGGACCCCCUCAGAGAGCUGGGAAGUGAGUGUGGGAUCGAGUUUGAUGAGGAGAAGACUGCCGUCAUUGACCACCACAACUAUGAUGUGUCUGAUCCGGGCGAGCAUACUCUAAUUGUGGCUGAUCCAGAGAACCUGCUCAAAGCCCCUACAAUUGUGGGGAAACCCACAGGGAAGCCCAUUCUUUUCAAGGGUGUUGGCAUGGUUGCUGACCCUGAUAACCCCCUGGUCUUGGACAUCUUGACUGGUUCCUCCACAUCCUACUCCUUCUUUCCUGACCGACCCAUCACACAGUACCCCCAUGCUGUGGGAAAGAAUACACUGCUGAUUGCAGGCUUGCAGGCAAGAAACAAUGCGCGUGUCAUCUUCAGCGGUUCGCUGCACUUCUUCAGUGACGCAUUCUUCAAUUCUCCCGUGCAGAAAGCUACGCCUGGCUCCCAGAGACAUGCUCAGACAGGGAACAUGGAGCUGGCUGAAGCAUUGUCCCGCUGGGUGUUCAAGGAGGAGGGUGUUCUCAGGGUGGGGGCUGUGUCACACCACCGGGUGGGUGAGGGCAGUCCUCCAGCUGCCUACACCAUCACAGACCUUGUGGAAUAUAGCAUUGUGAUUGAGAAGCUCUCCCAUAGUCAGUGGGUGCCCUUUGAUGGAGAUGACAUCCAGCUGGAGUUUGUCAGGAUUGACCCUUUUGUCAGGACCUACCUGAAGAAUGAUGGUGGGAAAUACAGUGUCCAGUUUAAGCUUCCUGAUGUGUAUGGAGUGUUCCAGUUCAAGGUGGACUAUAACAGGCUGGGGUACACACACCUGUACUCCUCUACCCAGGUUUCAGUGCGUCCUCUGCAACACACGCAGUACGAGCGCUUCAUCCCCUCAGCCUACCCUUACUAUGCCAGUGUGUUCUCCAUGAUGGGUGGUCUCUUCAUCUUCAGCAUCAUUUUCCUUCACAUGAAGGAGAAGGAGAAGUCUGAAUAGAAACAAGGAAGAAGAAAGAAUGGCAUAUGCAGAGUGCAGAACUGGGAGACUGUAAAAUCAGAACUACAGGGGGAAUUGUUUCUACUGAUUGUUUUGGUUUAGGUUUGUCUGUGGGGUAUUUAAUGUAUUUUUUUUAAAAAUCAAUGGAGAACAAAGUCCUGGGGUGAAACUGAAAUGCAUCACUAAAAAAGGUCUUUGGUAGUCUGAAGAAGUCAAA